AAAUCCCCACCAUUUUUUUUUUUUACUCCAGCACGGACUCAUUCACCUCAGGGUGUUAGCCAACUAUCUGAAAGGUUUCAUUCUGAUUUUUUUGUUUCUGUGCGAAGGGGGUGGGGUGUUCUGUGAUGUGAUUGGAAGGUGAUUGACUGGAAUACUGAUGAUGUGCAUACCGACUGCUAACACCUUUCACCUCACGGUGUCUGAUUGACUCGCCUCCAUAGAGCCUCCUCUGAAGGGACAGCCUGGCAUAAGCACGAUGCAUUCUGUUAGGGGGGGGGGGUUCAUGUAGUGUAAUUAAAGGGAGCAUAAGGAAGGCAUGAAAAAAAGCCAUCAUCACCCAGCUCUGUGGACAGGCAGGCUUCAGUCUGUGGGGAGGGGGAGGGGCAGAGGGAGGGAGAGAGAGAGAGAGAGAGAGAGAGUGCAAGUGAAGCUGAGGGGGAGAGAGAGAGAGUGAGAGUGAGAGCACAUAAAAGAGUACGUUCAAGUGAGAAUGUGUUUGAGAGAUUAUGAGAGUGUGUUUGAGAGAAAGAGAGAUAAAGGGAGGGAGAGAAACAACAGGAAGAGGGUGUGUAAGGCUGAGAGAGUGUGAGAAAGAGAGAGAGGAGGGAGAAGGAGGAGGAGAGAGAGGGAGAGGGAGGAGAGAGCGUCAGUGGCAUCUGUCGGCGUGAGGACUAGGAGGAUCAGUGCAGCCAGCAGGUGUGUGACAGACUUGAGACUCGCACAGAAGCGCCACUCAGACGGAACGAUAGAAAGAGAGAGAGAGAGGGAGAGGGAGGAAGGAAGGGAGACAGAGAGGAAGAGAAGCAGAAGCUGAAGCUGAAGCUGAAGCUGAGCCCGUAGUCCAUCUGCUGAUGCUGAGAAACAGGAUGGAGGGGAUCCUCGGAUCUCUAACACGUUAGAGCCUUCACUCUUCCCCACCUCGCCACUGUCGUUCUCCUCUGCAGCGUACCUGAAGACCUCAGAUUUAUUUGAAAUGAUUGAGAGAAUGCAGGGCAAUAGAAUGGAUGAACAGAGGUGUAACCUUCCUCCCGUGCUCAAAACAGAGGAAGACUACAUUCCUUAUCCCAGCGUCCAUGAGGUGCUUGGAAGAAGGAGCCCGUUCCCCCUGAUUCUGCUACCCCAGUUUGGCGGCUACUGGAUUGAAGGGACCAAUCAUGAGCUGCAGAGCGGGAACGACCCCGAGCAGCUCCUGUCUCCCACAUCCCACGUCAAGCUGGAGUCCAACACCACCGCUAAGAUCUACAGGAAGCAGUUCCUGGGCAAGGAACACUUUAAUUACUACUCUGUGGACAGCGCCCUCGGCCACCUGGUGUUCUCCGUGAAGUACGAUGUCAUCGGCGACCAGGAGCACCUUCGGCUUAUGCUCAGAACUAAAUUGAAAACGUACCAUGAUGUGAUCCCAAUAUCGUGCCUGACAGAAUUCCCCAACGUGGUCCAGAUGGCCAAGCUUGUCUGUGAGGACGUGAACGUGGACCGUUUUUUCCCAGUGCUUUACCCAAAGGCUUCGAGGCUUAUAGUCACUUUUGAUGAACAUGUCAUCAGCAACAACUUCAAGUUCGGUGUCGUCUACCAGAAAUUCGGACAGACCUCGGAAGAAGAGCUCUUCGGGAACAAUGAGGAGAGCCCGGCCUUUGUGGAGUUCUUAGAAUUUCUGGGCCAGAAGAUUGAGCUCCAUGACUUCAAAGGUUUCCGCGGAGGGCUGGAUGUGGCGCAUGGGCAGACGGGGACCGAGUCGUUCUACACCAACUUUCACAACAAGGAGAUCAUGUUCCACGUGUCCACGAUGCUCCCGUACACGGAAGGGGACACGCAGCAGCUGCAGAGGAAGAGGCACAUCGGGAACGACAUCGUCGCCGUGGUGUUCCAGGACGAGAGCACACCCUUCGUGCCCGACAUGAUCGCCUCCAACUUCCUGCACGCCUACGUGGUUGUGCAAGUGGACAACGCCUGCUCUGACAACGUGCUGUACAAGGUGUCGGUGACAUCACGGGAUGACGUCCCAUUCUUUGGCCCAGCUUUGCCAGAUCCAGCCGUCUUUAGAAAAGGACCAGAGUUUCUGGAGUUCCUGCUCACCAAGCUCAUCAACGCAGAGCUAGCGUGCUACAAGGCAGAGAAGUUCGCCAAGCUGGAGGAGCGCACGCGGACAGCUCUGCUGGAGACGCUCUACGAGGAGCUGCACCUCCACAGCCAGGCCAUGAUGGGUCUGGGAGGAGAGGAGGACAAGCUGGAGAACGGUGGUGGAGGAGGAGGGGGCUUCUUUGAGUCCUUCAAGCGGGUGAUUCGCAGCAGAAGCCAGUCAAUGGACGCCAUGGGCCUCAGUAGCAAGAAGCAGCCCACGGUCUCCACUAGUCACAGCGGAAGCUUUAUCCACAACCUACCAGAGAUCCCAAAAGUCCCUGUGCUAUCAUUGCUUGUCCCGGGGAAAAGUCCCAGUAAAUAUGGACGUCGAGGAAGCGCCAUAGGCAUAGGAACGAUAGAAGAGUCUCUUAUCAUUCCGGGGAAAAGCCCGACCCGGAAGAAGUCUGGCCCGUUCAGCUCCCGCAGGAGCAGUGCCAUCGGCAUCGAGAACAUCCAGGAGGUGCAGGAGCGAAGGCUUGCAGCUGUAUGGUCAGAGGACAGGACAGUGCUGUGUGUGGCUCUGCCCUCUGUCAGCCUAAGGAGUGGGAGGCUAAGCGGAGACCGUUCAAACAGUCGGGAGCACUACACACAGAAGACCCCUGACAGCGGCCACGCCUCCCAGGACCCCAAGUCAGACAAUUCGUCCAGUCAGAGUUCGCCUGAGGUGGUCACAGCCAAAAACAGUUCUGCCCUGUGCUGCAGGGCGCCGUCCAUCCCCGAGGCCCAAGACCUGUCGCGCUCCUCGUCCAACGCCAGCAGCUUCGCCAGCGUGGUGGAGGAGAACGAGACGGAGGCCACGGAGGACUACGACACGGGCAUGGAGAGCCUGUCGUCUGCUGGGACACCACAUAAGAGGGACUCAUUCACAUACAGCACGUGGCUGGAGGACAGCAUGAGCAGUACCAGCACAGCCAGCAGAGGGAGCUCUCCUGCAUCCAAUAGGAAUCAGCAGCCUGAAGGUGGGAAGCCUGAAGGUGGGAAGGGCCCAGAUGCAUCCAAGACAGACGUCCGCAUCAAACUGGACCGGCCACACGACCCCAAAUCGCCAUCAUCCUCGCUUUCCCAUAAGAAACACCCCCUCAAGGAGACAAGGCGCGCUCGGGUCUUUGCCAUAACCAAUGACGACGAUGAGGAGGAGGAUGCCAGUCGGCCAGCGGCGUGAGAAGGCCAGGACGGAAUGGCCCCCCUCAGCCCCCUGGGACUGUGAUCAUGUGACCUUGCAACCAUGUGACCCUGUCCCUUGGCCCUCAGUCCCCCUGCAGGCUGAGCGGCACUAACCCCCCCCCCCAGCAGGAGAAGGGAGAGAGACCUCAUGUGCACUGUGCUUGUUUGUUUUCUUUUCUUGUCCUUCAGUGGUCUGUUCAUUCCAUGUCAUACCUUUCUUUGCCUCGUUUGUUUUUCCUGGGGUUUUCGGGUCUGUUCUUAUGAAGUGCUCUUCCGUCCAUGCAGUCGGUCUUUGGGAUCGACACUCUCACAGUGAACGUGCUGAAUAUUUAUUGUCUAUUGUGAAUUAAUACAGUGUGUUGCACAGGGUAGUGACAGAGUGCCAUUGAAUUUACAAGACAUGUAAAGAUGAGGGGAAAAUAAUAGACUUUCUUGCAAGUAAGACAUGAAGGAAAUAUGAGGUUAAACUAAGUAGAAUUACUUUGGCAGCAUUCUGGUUUCUAUUUCUAGAGUCAACUUUUCCUUAAAUACAUAUCUGCUGUCAUUAUCAAUGAUGUGUUUUUUUUUUAAUCAUAUGUGAAGACUAGAUCACCGUUGUUGAGAUUGACUACUGGAAAGGUUUUGGUCAGUAAGAUCACAAUAAUCAUAUAUUAACAAGCUGGAUUUAAAUGUAUAUAUCAGCAAAUCAUGCUUUUCAAAAUGUACAUUACACUACAUGCCAAAUCCUAAUAGUAUCUCGUUUGAAUGGAAAUUCCUUUGUCUUUGUGUUACUGAGUCAUUCGUCAUUCAAAGAAAAGAGAUGAUGUUGCCUUAACUAUAAAAAAUGCAGUUCAUUGAUCCUUAAAACUAGGUAAAGAACCAACUGUACAUCACACUACUUUCCCCCCAGCUAGCAGAGACCUGGAGUGACUAGUUAACUUAAGAUGAAGUCUAUGUGAAGUGUUUUUGUUCUCUGCAAAUGUCAGAGGUAUCCUAGAGAUGUCUCGCCAUGGCUUGUCACACUGAUGAAGUCCUUAAGUACUGCGACUCUUGGUGAUGCUCAUAAUGAACCAAAGGUAGCUGUGGCUUUUCUCCUUCUGUACAGAAUAUGAAACCAUUUGACCAUUCCUUUCGGGGUCACACACCGCGACUCACCAGUGUUUUAACAUCAACAGAUCUUGUAGUGUCAAUCCAAUCCUUCACAUGGAGAAGGCUUCCCUAUCCUAUGUGCCAUCCUCUUGACAAACUAUACAAGGAUUAUAUUAGAUUUGUGUUUCAACUGUUUUUCGGAGACCUAGUGCUACUUUUAUAAUGUAUUCCUGUCUCUACGGGUCUGUGAAGCUUCUAAAGUUGUUGUCAUGCAAAAGGAGGUACUUCUAAUGUGUCACCAUGUGCUUGUAAGCUUUUCCUGUUCCCGACCAAACCUUAAAAGGCACUCCUCCAUUGUUAGACUGAUACAAAAAACAAAUGCCUGGGUAUGUUACAUACAAGUGAUAAUGUCACAACUGCCAAAAUACUAAUAAUGUGCAACAUGUGCAAUGUGAUGGAUGCUCUCAAAGCUUAUUUAACAAUGAAUCAAGUCUUGAUUUUUUUGUUUGUUUGUUUAUUACAGAGAAGUGAUGUUGAGCUGUCUCACCAUUCAAAUAUCACGAUAGUUCCAGUAAAAUCCAGAGAAUUAGAACACCUUUGAAUGUAGCAGAUUAAUGUAUUGGUUUGUGACUAAUAAUAUCGAUUGCCCUAAUGCUUUAAUAUUGAACUGCCUUUUGUGCUUUGUAUGCUUUGAUUAUUGAUUUAGUCUCUUGUUUGGAUAAUGCCAUGGAAUUAAACUUCAAGCAUAAUGUCUCAGUGCCCCUUACAUUAUCUGUCAACACGGGUCAAGGGUCGUGCAUGCUGGCAUGGGUGACUAUGUAAACCAGAGGCUAUCCUCUGCUUCUGAAGUCUUCAUUUAAUGUAAUGUAAUCUCAUUCUCUUAAAAAAAGGAAAUGGUUAAGAAAAUUAAUUGUUAAAACAGAUUGUCAUUAUUAUUACUAUUAUUAUGAUUUACUGAUUUAUCAACUAAUAACUGUAAGCAUCAGUUACAAUCAAAGUUCAUUUCAGUUUAAUAUGUCUGUGCCCCUUCCUGGUUAUCAACAUGUCUGUAAUUUAUGGAUCAUUGCCCUGUAUGUGUGGAUUAACAAAGCACAAAAUUCAUGAUUGUAAAACAGGGUAAGAUCGGGAUAUCUAGAAAAUACAUGAAGCUGCCCUACAUUUGCCGAUGUUAUUUGUGAUUUGUUUUUUCCUGUAAGAUGUUGAACUGUAAAUAUUGCUUUUGUAUAUAUUGCAAACAAUUAAAAUAAAGAAAAGCAAGCAUAUGAUGAAA